UUCUUAGAACGUAUUUUUUCAUUUCGGCGCCAUGUGCAACGUUAACCGUUAUCCCAAAAUUUGUUUUUCCAAAUAAAAGAACACAACGAAAUCCAUUUCAUUUUCGUUUUGUUAUUACUUCAGUAAUAAUUUAUUUAAAUGUAAGUGUUAUACAUUGUGUUGUUAAAAUAAAAAACGUUCGAACUAAAUAAACAAUUCAUUUUCAACAAUGGAGGUCGCACACAUAAAUAACGCUAUCCAAAAUGGCAAUAUUAAAACCGAGACAGACAGUUCUAAAUUAUAUGGCGGCCUUCAGAUAAAUCUAUCGGUCGUUAGUUCUCCAAACUCGCUUAAAAUUGAAAUUAAGGGCUUCAAUAAUCUGAAUGUUUUAUGGCUAAGCAAUAUAAUAAAAAAAUACGAGAACCAACUAUGGAUGAAACUCCUCAAUGAACGACGCAUGACAUUUAAGUGUCUUUAUUGUGACAAAAAGCUAUUCCAUUUUCAUUCUAUGAAAACUCAUCUUUACAAGCAUUUAGAAAUUUUUCCGUUCAAAUGCUAUGCAUGUGACAAGUCAUAUACUAAUAAUAGUGGACUCAGAAAGCAUAAAUUGGCUAAACAUAACAGUUUAAGAUUGGCUCUUCUUAAUGCUGGACAUUGACUUAAAACUAUUUUGGUUUGCUUGUUGAAAUACUUAUAUAUUUUUUUUUUUUUUCAAUGAAAUUGACAAAAUUAUUUAUUUUCUAUUUUAAGAAAUAAAAAUGCUUUUGUUUAUUUAUUUUUAAGUUUAUUUGGACAAAUAAAAUUUGCUUUUAUGAAUUAA